AUGGUCUUCAUGAUCUGUACAGGAGUUGGAUGUGGCCUCGCAGCCGAGGUAGUCCAAGUGCCAUACAUUGUCGGAGUAUUUGUUGGUGGGCUGAGCUUUUCCAAGAUACAGAGCGCAAGAGAUAUUUGGGAGAAGAAUACAAAGAACAUCGGCCCUUGGCUAUAUCGGAUUUUCUUCUCUUGCUCUCUUGGUUUCCUCAUGCCGAAUUCCAUGGGUAACAGGGGUGAGGCCAUCAGUGCGGGCAUUGAGGUGUCUGUCGCGGGGAUCUUGGGCACUUUGUUCGGUGUUGGGAUGGUAUCCUUCGGGCUCAUGUUCCGUGAGAAGCAGGUCAUCUCGAAGUCCAUCCUUGCUGGAUUGAUAUGGGGGCAAGGAAGCGAGAUCAGCUACAUCGUCCUCCUCUACUUCUAUCAAAAUGGUCAUAUUGCUCUGGAGGGGUUCGGUUCGCUUCUUUGGGCCUUGUUCCUUGCCAGCUCUAUUUGUCCUGCCCUGAGCCACUUUACGACAGUGCUAUCAAACUUCGAACAGCCCCGCAUAACUGAAGUUCCGAUGGAUGAUGAAUACUAUCAAGGUGAGAUUGAAGCCGUAGAGACUCCUCAAUACUCUCACUCAGGGAACGUCUACUCGUACUCUCUAGAGACUAGCCAUUCUCUUACAGGCAAGGCACAGCAGUUUCGAAAUGACACCAUGAAGUACGAUACGACUGGAGCUCUGUCAGAAAAUCAGUCCUACACAAAUCAGAAUGGAUAUGCAAUUCCCCGAGACCAUUACAUGCCCAAGCAGUUGACCCCCUCACCCACACAAACGCAAUACAGCAACGGAUUUGCAGGAGGCGUAGAGCCAGUGUAUUACAGUCAGAAUCCUCUGGGCUCAUUGGCACAAUUUCCACUCAAUCCGAUCCAGACACAAGUGAAGCGGCAAGUGCCAGCGCUGUGGGCUGAAGAUCCUUAA